AAAUAAUAGAAGGAAGUGCCAGGAGCAGCAGUUCUGAACUUAGCUGGCAAGUGCAUGAGUGCCGGAGGUACCAAACCAACACAACCUCAGCACCAACGGACCAGUUUCCCUGAACCACCGGUCCGUUAUUCCUGACCCACGAGCUCAGCCCUGGUUCAUGCCUCUUCUUGCAAGCUUAAGCCACUAUCAAUCUUUUGCUUUAUGAAUUGUCAAAGCUUAAAAACUCAAUACCCGAAAGCCCUUUUUGAGCCAUCUUUUUUUUUUAAUUUCCUUUUAAAGGAGUUUUAAGAGAGAGAGAGUGUGUGGUAGUCCACACACAGUAUCCUUGACCAGCCAUUUUUAACUUUCUAAUUAUUUUUUAAACAAAUAUUAUAUCUACAUGAUUGCUGUUUUUUUUUAAGAAAAAAAUCUUUUGUUUCUCCUGUCAAAUGUCAACUAAAGAAACUGGAAUUUAGAAAGGGAAAGAGGGAGUAGGUAGAGAGAUAGUGUGAUUCAGAUUGGUUACCAAGAAAUUUUGAAGAAGAUUGAAUCAAAACCUUGUGAUUGAGGUAAGAGUCUGUCUCUCCAGUUUAGUCUCUUUUAUGUUUCUUUUUUGUGAGAGAAAAAGCUAGAAUGAAACAAACUUAUGGUGAGAGAAAGCCAAGAAAAAGAAAAAACAUAAAAAACCCACAUUUUUGUUUGUACUAAUUUAUGCUUAUUACAUGUAAAGUUUCAAUCUUUGAUAUGAAGAAGAGAGUAUUUGUAUUGGAAAUUCAAUCCCCAUAAGCCAUGGUGGAUCAAAAGAUUGUAUUAGCACUAAAGUUUUUGCUUUUGGUGCUGUUUUUUGAGUCUACAUUUGAGCAACAACAACAAGAGAGGCUUAAUUCACCCAUAGAGAGAGCAGCUUUACUUGAACUAAGAUCUUCUUUGGGGUUAAGAAGCAAGGACUGGCCAAGAAAGGCAGACCCUUGUUCAGUUUGGAAUGGCAUCAAAUGUGAGAAUGGUAGUGUCAGUGAAAUUAACAUUUCAGGGUUUAGAAGGACUAGACUUGGUUCUCAAAACCCACAAUUUAGCGUUGAUUCUCUUGUUAAUUUAACAAGACUUAAAUCUUUUAAUGCUUCUGGUUUUUAUCUUCCUGGUUCAAUUCCUGAUUGGUUUGGUCAAAGGCUUGUUUCCCUUCAAGUUCUUGAUCUUUCUUCUUGCUUGAUAAGUAAUGCCAUUCCAGAGAGUUUGGGGAAUUUGACCAGUUUAACUGGUCUUUAUUUGCAUGAUAAUAACUUCACGGGUAUGAUUCCGUCAAGUUUGGGACUGUUGGUGGGGCUUUCAGUACUUGAUCUUUCUGCAAACAAGUUUACUGGAUCUAUUCCUGUGUCAUUUGGUUCGCUUCAGAAUUUGACAAGACUUGAUAUUUCUAAGAAUUUCUUAUUCGGUUCAAUUCCACUUGGCAUUGGGAUGCUUUCGAAGCUCCAGUAUUUGAAUCUUUCGAGCAACAACUUGUCGUCUUCGAUACCUCCUCAGCUCGGUGAUCUUAGUAACUUGGCUGACUUUGAUCUGAGCUUUAAUUCGCUGUCUGGGUCAUUGCCUGCUGAAUUGAGAGGCUUGAGGAAUUUGCAGAGAAUGCUGAUUGGGAACAAUUUGCUUGGUGGAUUUUUGCCAGUGAAUUUAUUUCCUGUUCCAAGUCAGUUGCAGACUGUAGUUUUGAAGCGCAAUGGUUUUAGUGGUUCGGUCCCUGAUUUGCUGUGGUCAAUACCUCAAUUGCGCUUGCUUGAUAUCUCCGGCAACAAUUUCACUGGUAUUCUGCCAAAUGGUAGCUUGAAUGCCAAUGCCAGUUCUGCAGAGUUGAAUAUAUCUGAGAAUUUGUUUUAUGGAGGUCUUACACCUACGCUAAGAAGGUUCCUUGUUGUUGACCUGUCUGGCAAUUAUUUCGAAGGCACAGUUCCAGAUUAUGUGAGUGACAAUGCUUCUCUUGUUAGCAAUUGUCUCCAAAACUCGUCAAAUCAGAGGAGUUUGCUUGAUUGUACAUCUUUCUAUACUGAAAAGGGCCUGACUUUUGAUAAUUUCGGACUCCCGAACUCCACGCAACCUCCUGCUGGGGAAAACACAGGGAAGAACAACAAAAAGGUCAUUAUAUGGGCAAGUGUUUUGGGAGGAGUUGGGCUCAUUCUACUUUUGGUGAUAUUGCUGGUACUGCUACUCUUUUGCAUCCGUAAGAGGGGCACUAUGACCCAAGGAGGGGUUGGGGUCGGUCCAGUAACUCCAGUUCCUUCUGGGAGCAGUCCACCACCUCCUGGAGUAUCAAUUGACUUUUCAAGUUUAGGGGACACAUUCACAUAUCAGCAGCUUCUCCUAGCAACUGGUGACUUUAGAGAUGUAAACCUAAUCAAACAUGGCCAUUCAGGGGAUCUCUACAAGGGAAUCCUGGAAAGUGGGAUUCCUGUGGUCAUAAAAAAGAUCGAUUUGCAAUCUCAUAGGAAGGAAGCGUACUUAUUGGAAUUGGAUUUUUAUAGUAAGGUUUCACAUUCCAGACUGGUUCCCCUUUUGGGACACUGCUUGGAGAAAGAAAAUGAGAAGUUCCUGAUUUACAAACAUAUUCCAAAUGGAGACUUGUCAAGUUCCUUGUUCAGGAAAACUGAUUCAGAAGAUGAUGGUUUGAAGUCGUUAGAUUGGAUAACAAGACUGAAAAUUGCGAUAGGAGCAGCUGAAAGUCUAUCUUAUCUGCAUCAUGAAUGCAUGCCGCCCAUUGUGCACAGAGAUGUUCAAGCAAGCAGUAUACUCCUUGAUGAUAAAUUUGAAGUGCGGUUAGGGAGCCUGAGUGAAGUCUGUACACAAGAAGGAGAUACCCAUCAAAGCAGGAUUUCCAGGUUGCUGCGAUUGCCUCAGUCAUUGGAACAAGGUACUUCUGGUUCAUUGACAGCCACGUGUGCCUACGAUGUUUAUUGCUUUGGGAAGGUACUACUUGAGUUGGUUACUGGAAAGCUGGGCAUUAGUGCAUCUAGUGAUGCCCAGCUUAAGGAAUUUUCAGAACAGAUUCUACCGUACAUUAGCAUCUACGACAAGGAACUUCUAAUCAAAAUUGUGGAUCCAUCUCUGAUCAUCGACGAGGAUCUGUUGGAGGAAGUUUGGGCGAUGGCCAUUGUUGCGAGGUCUUGCCUCAAUCCAAAGCCUUCAAGGCGCCCCAUUAUGAGAUACAUCCUUAAGGCUUUGGAAAAUCCUUUGAAGGUAGUGAGGGAAGAAAAUUCUGGUUCCGCAAGGCUUAGAACAACAUCUUCUAGAUCUUGGAAUGCUUCUCUAUUUGGGAGUUGGCGUCACAGCUCAUCUGAUGUAGCAGUCAUUCCAGCAACCUCUAGUGCCAGGCCAGAAGGAGGAAGUAGUUUUAAACGGUCAGGAACUUCAAAUUCACAGGGUAGUGGCCAAAAUGGCAGCGGCAACCAUUCAUCUUCAAUGAGACGGCAUUCUAGAGAGAUUUUCCCUGAACCAUCUGAUGAACAAGAUGUAGAGAGACAGAAUUAAAAUUAGCACAUAUGUUUAUUUUUCUUAAUUCUUUGUCAAUAAUACAGCAGCCUUCCCAUUUGAAUGCCUGCUAGUCGGUGCCCCCAGUGCGCUGUCUCUGGUUUUUUUGAGUUGAUUGAGGUCUCAAGCCCUUUUGGUAUAUUUGGGGUGUUGAAGGUGCAUAUCUACUUCAACAGGAAACGAUUAUCCAAAGUUUUGUUGUGGAGCAGCAAUGGUUACAUCAUGAUUAAUUGGAUAGACAAGAUUUGAGAAGAGUCAGGAGGCAAGGGGUUGCUUGUGGGGAUUAUUAUGGUCAUUUUAUGUUUUGACAGCUUGUUUGUAGCUACAACAAGCUCCCAUUUUUAUCCUUAAUUGAUCUUUGUUCA